UUCACUCUUCACAACCUCAUCUUUUCCUUAAAACUAUUACAAUGGCGUUAGCUCCAACUACAUACGCACUCCUCCUCACAUGUCUCCUCCUCACCAUAACAUACGUAACAAGUAACACCCGAACAGAUGAGGAGGUGAGGAAUACGUAUGAGUUGUGGCUAGCACGUCACGGGAAAACAUACAAUGCCUUGGGGGAGAAGGAGAGUAGGUUUCGGAUAUUCGCCGAUAAUUUAAAGUUUAUUGAUGAGCACAACUUGUCCGGGAACAGGAGUUAUAAAGUCGGGUUGAACCAGUUUGCUGAUCUCACCAACGAAGAGUAUCGGUCGAUGUAUUUGGGGACCAAGGUGGAUCCUUACAGGAGGAUUGCUAAGAUGCAGAGAGGCGAGAUUAGCCGACGAUACGCGGUUCAGGAGAACGAGAUGUUUCCGGCUAAGGUAGAUUGGAGAGAACGAGGGGCUGUUUCUCCUGUUAAGAAUCAAGGAGGCUGUGGAAGUUGUUGGGCUUUCUCAACGGUGGCGUCAGUUGAAGGAAUAAAUAAAAUAGUCACCGGCGAUCUGAUCAGUUUAUCUGAACAAGAGCUAGUUGAUUGUGACAAUAAAUACAACAGCGGUUGCAAUGGUGGGUCGAUGGAUUACGCCUUCCAGUUCAUCGUCUCCAAUGGCGGAAUCGACUCAGAAUCGGACUAUCCUUACAAAGGUGUAGGAGCCGUUUGUGAUCCGGUUAGAAACAAGGCAAAAAUUGUUAGCAUAGAUGGUUAUGAAGAUGUGCCACCGAUGAAUGAGAAAGCAUUGAUGAAGGCAGUAGCUCACCAGCCUGUGAGUGUUGGAAUAGAAGCUUCUGGAAGGGCUUUUCAGUUAUAUACUUCUGGUGUACUUACCGGUUCAUGUGGGACUAACCUGGACCAUGGGGUAGUUGUGGUGGGAUACGGUUCAGAAAACGGGAAGGACUAUUGGAUUGUUAGAAACUCAUGGGGACCAGAAUGGGGUGAAGACGGGUAUAUUAGAAUGGAGCGUAACAUGGUCGAUACGCCUGUGGGCAUGUGUGGGAUAACGCUGAUGGCUUCUUACCCGAUCAAGUACGGAAACAAGAACCCAAGUAUCUCAAACAACGUUGAUAGUCACCAGAUUAGUAGUAUCUAAUAUAUUUAUAAUUAUAAUCAUUAAUAUCUUAAUUGUGGAAUCAUAUUUGUGCUCUUCGAUAUGUACGUUUUAAUAUAUCAUGACGCUUUUCUUAUGUCUUCUAGAACGCAAUUGUACUCUUCUAAUAUAUAUAGAAAAAUGGUUUUAAUUGUUUGCGCA